AUGGCGCACGUGCUUAGCGGCGCCUGCCUGGGGAAUAGGGAGCAGGCCAGAUGGUUCCUCAGAGUAGCACGAGCGCAGACGGGGACGGCGAUCAACAAGGUAGCACAGGCGGCACCCGACUCCAAGGAUACACUGAAGACGCUGAGGAUAGCGCAUGUCGCUGCGCUGAAGGGCUCACGCUAUAGGGUGCUGGAUGAGGACGGGUACGAUGCGCUAGCCCCCGCAGUCGGGGGGGUGUUGCCGGCGCUGGUAGAUGAUCUCUCGGAGAAGAGCCGGAGGGACCUUGGCGGGCGGUGGGAUCGGGGCGUGCAGUCGGCCCGCUCGCCAGUGGCCGAGUCAGUCUGGCUGGCGAGAAGCGCCAGUGCCUUCCCUUCAAUCUGGGCGAGGCCCAGCAGUGCGCAGUACUAUCGCUGCGCCAGAGGCCAUGGCCGUUGCGAGCGAAAAAAAAUGAUAGCGGGUAAUUGGAUUUUUUUGUGA